UACUGACAGUCUAAUUCAACAUGGCGAUGGGUAGUGUCUUAUUCCGUGUGUUCCAUCUAUUUAUCAGUGUCCCCCUACUCGUGAAUGCUGUGACUCCACUGGACCAAACCGACUUGAUUUCUCAAAUUACAGAUUUGAAAAAAGAGUUUCAAACUAAGAUGGAGUAUAUGUUCCAAGUCAUGAAAGAGAAGGAUGACAUUCACACCAUGGAAAUAGCAAAUCUCCAGAGACAAGUUGACAUUCUACAUGACAGAUGCAGCAAAAACAACCUAACCCCAGAAUCGCCUUGGUCCAAAACAGUGACAAAUACAACACAACAGGAAAUUGUACCUGAAGCACGUGACCGCCGUUCGUUCUUUACAUCUCAGAGGACAGCGAGAGUAGGUCCGGACAACAGAAAUAACGUGGCAUUCUACUCCUACCUCGGAACUCGACUGACCAAUCUCGGGAACAACCAACCAAUUAUAUUCAACCACGUGGUAACCAAUUUGGCCAACCGUUACGAUGAAAACUCGGGUAUUUUCCAUUGUGGAAUUCCGGGGGUUUAUGUUUUUAACGUACAUCUUCUCGCCGUACCAGGCAAGGAUAUCAAUACCCAAUUGGUGAAAAACGGGGGAAUGAUUUCCGCAAUAUACGCAGGAGGUCAAAGUGGGACAUAUGACCAUGGUGGUAAUACAGCCAUUAUAGAAUUAGCUGUCGGAGACAAGGUCUGGGUAAGGGUCCUUUCUGACACGGACCAGGCGGCCAUCCUCGACUUUGUUUACUCCAGUUUCUCCGGUUUCCUACUAUAUCCAUACUAACGUGAUUAAAAUUUCAGAAUGAAAAUGACAUUUCUUGUUGAUAAUACAGUAUCUAGAAAACUUGUUAAUACAUAAUGGAGAAUU